AUGCUGCUUUCUUACUACUCUGUCUGCCUGCUGCUGCUAGCAGUCCUUUCCACUGCAGAGCAAGAAGAUCUUACCAGCAGCCCAUCGGCGGAGCUAGCUGCUGUUCGGCUCAAGGACAUUCAGGAGCAGUUAGUGCAGCUAAAAUCAAAACUAAACACACUUACCUCCCAAAUGGCAAUUCUCCUCGAUCGUGAACAAUCCUGUGAUAACCGUCGUACUGUGAUAACCGACUGUAGUGAAGUUAGUUCCGAUGGGUCCGGCAUUUUUCCGCUACGAAUCUGUUCCGAACCCACGUACAACGUGUACUGCAACCAAUCCUUCGAGGGUGGCGGCUGGAUGGUGAUCUACGACCGCCAUGAUGGACCAAAAAACGCCACAUUUAAUCAACCGUGGGAUUCAUACAAGCGUGGUUUUGGUCAGCCGGAUGGAGAACAUUUCAUCGGACUCGAUCGUUUACACUCCCUCACGUACGGUUCGUCGUAUGAGAUUGCAUUCCUCCUGUCGUCGCCCAAUGGCGGUGAAGCGGUUGGCAUUUACGAUCACUUCGAGGUCGACAAUGAGCGGGAUCGUUUUCCGAUCCGGAGCAUCGGUUCCGCGCGAGGAAGUAUGCGGCUUUUCGCGGACAACAACCAACAACAACUGUACCGAUUCCAAACGUACGAUCGUAACAAUUUGCAUCCCCUUGCGCGUGCUACAAUGGUGGAGGAGGAAUGUGCUUUUUGGUUUGUAGAUAUGCCGCACAGCCAUGAUAGUGUUUCGUUUGCACAGUUUUGUGCCAAUCUGCGGAGAUUGAAGAUCAUGAUAAGAAAGCUUCCCACAGACAAGGUUUAA